UUCUUUUUCAAAACUUUUCUUUCCGAACCCGCUUUUCGAAGGAUCAUCAUUCUCCUUGUUUCUGCUCUCUCUCUCUUUCCCGCGCUGUUUUACCCAAUCAAGUAAGCAGUACUUAAUUCUUCUUAAGAUGAAAAUUUUCCCUUGUUUCUUGAACCAACCUAUGGAGAUGGUUUCGCUAAACGUUUUAGGGACAAUCCAGUCUUCGGCAGCUUCGUCAGACUCUUUGAUAUAGACCUUGCAGAUUUAAGCCCAGCCAACGGAGCUCAUUUACCACAAACAUACACAAAAGUUCCUGCAUAAUUGCAGAAAUGGACCCUUCCAUGAUGAAGCUCCUUGAGGAAGAUGAGGAUGAGUCAAUGCAUUCGGAGGCAGAUUCGGAGGCGUUCACUGCUGCCUUAAAUAAGAAUAUUAAAGGAGACAGUUCAACAUCUCAGCCAUCAGAUUCUGGAAGUUGUUGCACCUUAAAUCAGUCUGCUCCAUGGCAAACUUCUGGCGAUGAUGAAAAUGCCGAUCAUCAGAGUCUUCAAAAUUCGCAGAACAUGCAGCAAAAGGAGGGAGAUUCAUCUGAUUUGGAACUAAAGCAGCAUGGUAUAGAUGCUCCUACUCAACAACACGAAGAUGAUUCCUCACAGGAGCUUAAUUCCCUUCGUUUGCAGCAUAUACAUGCCAAAGAUGCUUAUCAACUACCGAGGGCUGAACAAAACACACUUCACGCCUUUGAGGUGUUGAAUUUGAAGAGAUCUGAAAAGAAUCCUGAAAAUUUAGAUUCCCGGCAUCUAAACUUGCAGGGAUUGAGUAAUCAACAAUCUAUGCAGUCAUUUCCAACAGGGACUAGCGGUCAGCAAUUGAUGGCAGCAAAGACAAGUUAUCAACCAAAAUCUGCAACUGAUUUGAGUAGCCAACCAGCAAUCGAUGUAGUUAACCAGGGCAAACAAGUGCCUUUUUCCAUCCUUAUCCCUCACAUACAACGCCAACUCGACAAGACAGGGCGAUGCAUCUUCAGACUCUCUACCUAA